AUGCAGGCAGACGAUAGUAUGGCGGAACUGGUAGCGGAGGAAGAGCAAGCGAUUGAUGCUGCUCAAAAGUCUGCCUUGGACCGACUUUACGGUCUCAUACUUCCACCCGAAGGCUCCAAGACGGAGGGUGCCAUCAUGGAAAUACGGCCUGGUGUAGGAGGUGCAGAAGCGACGCUGUUCACAGGAGAUUUGUUGCGCAUGUACAGGACGUAUGCCAGUGCAUACACUUCUUCGACAGGCUCGGUUUGGAAAGUCGAGCUUCUCCGAGUGGUCGAGGCAGACUCCUUCGGCUUUGAAGCGUACAAAGAAGUGACACUUCGAGUAGAGGGCAAAGAUGCAUACAGGCACCUCAAAAACGAAGCCGGCGUACAUCGCGUACAGAGAAUCCCAAAGACUCAGAAUUUGGGCAAGAUUCAAACCAGCACUGCUGCGGUUAUUGUUCUUCCUCAGAUACCGGACGAUGCGUCGGAAGUCAAGGAUAUUGUAGAUGUUGCGGAUGUGAAGGAGGAAGUGAUGCGCAGUCGGGGCGCUGGAGGACAGCACGUCAACAAGACAGAAUCGGCAAUCAGAUUGACGCACGAGCCGACAGGAAUCAGUGUAUCGAUGCAAGAUUCUCGUUCGCAGCACCAAAAUCGCGCAAAAGCUUGGCAGAUCCUCAGAGCUCGAUUGUUGGAUCGAAAGAUUCAAGCUGAGGAGGAAAGUAAACGAUCGGCAAGGCGAAGCCAGGUGGGAAGCAUGCAUCGAGUAGAUAGGAUCAGAACGUACAAUUAUCAGCAGGAUCGAAUAACGGAUCACCGAAUCUCCCUCUCUUUACCUUUAGACCGCGUCAUGUCCGGAGAUGCUUCUUUUGGUCUGGGACACAUUUUGACGUCGCUCGAGGAGCAUUCCGAUUUGUUGAGACUUAGAGGGAUGAAAGAGGACCUGCAGAGAGAUUUGGAGCAAGAAGGGAGUGGUGAAGAUGAGAAGGAGAGGGGAAAGGGUAGGAAUAACACCAAGAAAUAA